AUGGCGGCGGGGGACGAGGCCGAAGACCGGGUGAGGGCGGUGAGCUUCGCGGCCGGGACAGCGGCGUUCAUGGCUUGCAUUGAGCGAGCAUUUAUGGUGUCUGUGUUCAUGCAUUGGCGAGUGUGGGCGUUUCUUGCUUUGAAUCUCUUGCUCUUAGCUAUUCUCUUCACUUCCAAAUCGCAAAACACAGAAUCCAGCCAAAUCCAAUCCAAAAAUGGCGGUGAUGAAGCAGAGAUCAAGAGGAGUAAGAAGGCUAGGCAUAGGCAGCGCAAGCAACUGCUUCCGACUAGUGGCGGUGCUGCUGAGGAAUGCGUUGUGGCGGCGACAGAGGAGGCGCCGCGGGCUGAGGGUGAAGUUGAAGUUGAGAAUGGUGAGAAUGAGAUUGAAGGAAAGUUGGAUGAAUAUGACGAGCUGUCGGAGGAGGAAUUGAAGCAGAGAGUGGAGAAUUUCAUUGCUAUGUUUAGGCAGCAUUUGAUUUGUGAUGCUAAGGGUGCCCAAAUUGUGGGAUGUGCAAAUGCGAUUGCUUCACGUGUAUAUUGA